CGUGUCGCUCCUGGCGGGCGGGGCCGUGUCAGGGGACUUCCGGCUCCGGUUCCUUCCGGCGGAAGAGGGACGGCGGCGCUCCCGGCGGCGGCCGAGGAUGAGCAAGGCGUGGCGUCGCGCGGAGGCCCCGGGCGGCAGGAUGGAGGGCGGCCGGCGGGGCGAGGCGUCGGCGGCGGCGGAGGAUCCGGGCGGGCACGGCGCCCACAGGAAGAAGCACAAGAAGCACAAGAAGAAGCACAAGAAGCGGCACCACCGGGAGGAGCCCGGCCUGGACCCCGCGGCCGCCCUGCCCAAGCCGCAGCUGAAGCUCAAGAUCAAGCUGGGCGGCCAGAUCCUGGGCACCAAGAGUGUCCCAACCUUCAGCGUCAUCCCCGAGAGGCCCCGGUCCCCCUCCCCACUGAUGGGGGCAGAGGACGAGGAGGAGCCCAUGGAAGGCGUGCCCAUCGAGCAGUACCGGGCGUGGCUGGAUGAAGACAGCAACCUGGAGCCAUCCUCAUUGCCAGAACUUGAUCCAGAAAUGGGCUUCCCAGCACGGGAGGAAGAAGAGGAGCAGCGGUGGCUGGAUGCCCUGGAGCGUGGGGAGCUGGAUGACAACGGGGAACUGAAAAAAGAGGUGGAUGAGUCUCUGCUCACUGCCCGGCAGAAAGCCCUCUUGCACAAACAGCAGAGCCAGCCCUUGCUGGAGCUGCCCAUGGGAUACAAGGCCAAGGAGCUGACAGAAGAGAUGCUGGUGAAGCGAGAAGAACGGGCUCGUAAGCGGCGGCUCCAAGCUGCCAAAAAGGCCGAGGAAAACAAGAAUCAAACCAUUGAGCGCCUCACCAAGACCAGCAAGGCCAAAGUGAAGACGCUGCGUGAGCGCAAGGCCAAAAGCAUGGCAGUCCCCACAGUGAGCUACCGCAGUGCUGCCUCUGGAAUCACCGUCUCUUUCCCGCCAGGAACUUCCCUGCCCGUGUUGCCCUCCCUCCCAAGGGUAGUGCCUCCCCCCAUGCCGUGUGGGGUUAUCGGCUGCCCCAACCUCAAGCGGUACUCCUGUUCCCGCACUGGGAUCCCCCUUUGUAGCCUGGAUUGUUACAAAAAGAACCUGCUGUUUCAGGAGGUGCCAGCAUAGUUACUCUGGUGGACAGUCGGUGCCCGGUGGUCACCCUGAAGGCCUCUGUGGUCUGGAAGGGGUGUGCCAGCUCUGUUCCCAGGUGGCUGCGGGCAGAGGGGCAAGAUGUGGAUGUCCAAACAGCCUUGGGAUCUGUACGGCAGCCAAUUCAGGAACAAGCACAUCUCUGGCUGUGCAGAGUGCGAGCCCCUUGGACAGCUCCUCUUGCUGCAGCGACUGUGUUGAAAAUGGAGGGCUCUGUUCCCCUUGAGCCACUGCAGUGGGGAGGAGAGAACAGGACCAUGGUGUGUGCGUAUGUAUGUAUGUAUGUAUAUGGACUUGGAAGACGGUGUCAGUGGUGACGGGCAUUAUUUCUUGCCUUUCUGGGGGCUGCUUCUUCUCAAGACGGAUGGAAGCAGAAGUACUCGUCAUUUGUACAGGAUGCAGAAGAAAGUGGCUGGUUGCUGGCAGGUCUUCACUAAGUCAAUCAGCUUGCAGGAAAAUUGAUUUAUUGUCAACAUUAAAGAUACCCUGAAACUAA